AUGUUUAAAUUGGAAUCCUAUAUAACACCAGUGAUUCUCAGUUAUGUAGAGAAAUAUGUAAAAAAUUUUAAACCGGAACAGUCACAAGUAUCAUUAUGGGGUGGAGAUGCAUCUUUUCAAAAUUUAGACUUAAGAUUAGAGGUAUUGGAGGAACAACUUAAUCUCCCAUUUGUUUUUAUUAGUGGUCAUAUACAUGAAUUGUUGAUACAUGUCCCUUGGGUAAAAAUUACCUCUGAACCAAUAGUUAUUACUAUUAAUACUAUAGAAUGUAUUUUAAAGUUGAAAGCUGAAAAUACUAUAGAAACUAGUACAGCAGCAUUACAAAGGAGAAAAGAGAUGGUACAUGAGGAAGCUCCAUCUGGAUACAUAAGAAACAUAAUUACAAAAGUUAUUAAUAACAUCACUAUUCACUGCAACAAUCUUAUUUUGAAAUAUGUGGAAGAGGAUAUUGUGCUUAGCAUAAAUGUCAGAUUUUUAAGCAUGCAAACCGUUGAUAACAAAUGGGAACCAGCAUUUAUGGAGGUCAACGCUCAUGAAGUGAUGCUUAGAAAAGUUAUAGCUAUCCAGGACUUAACAUUGUGUUUAGAUAAAUUGGAUACAUCAGGCAAGAUAGAAAUAUAUCAGGAUCCUGUUUUAUAUCGAUGUUCAAUGACAAUUCGCAUGAUUAUAAAAUAUCACAAUAAUAUCUCAAAGAGGGCAUCCAUUACGAGACUUGAUCUUCAUUGUGAAAAAAUGGAAUUUAGUGUAACCGAGCAGCAAGUACCAAUGCUCCUCAGGCUGGCAGCCCUAGCAAUCGCAUUGCAAACAAAACAGUUUCCACCAAGCAAAGAGAAAUCAUCUAUUACUGUAGAUGAAAGGGAGGAUGUUGUGCAAGAUGACACAAAUCAGGUAGCAGGAAUUUCUACAGAUGUUGGGUGGAGUGGAUGGGCAUGGGACAUGGUGUCGUCUGUUUUGCCUGUUGAUUGGGAUAAUGAUUGGUCUACUGAACAACAAAUGGCUUAUUCCGGCCAUACCAUACAUCUAGGCGUUUACAUAGAUGAUGCUACUUUAACAUUUAAGACUGUUGAAAGUGUCAAAGAGCAAUUGUUUUAUAAAUCUCGGAAAUUUAGGUACAAAUCAUUGUUAUCACUUCAGUUAAAUGGGGUUGUGAUAAAUACUUUAAUACAAGGAAUUGCAAUGACAACUUUCCAAGUUGGAGUGGCAUGUAUACGACUUUAUCCGCGAGAAACGUGCAGUUGUGGAUAUUUAGAAGUUAUUGAUGGUGCGCAGCCACCUCUUUACGUAAUAGCUGGGAAGUUAAAUAUUGACUAUCUGAAAGAUUCAUUGUUUGAUAAAGAAGCUGUAGAAAAUAAAGGAAAAAGGAGAGAUUAUAUACAAGGAAUAGAUCAUCACUUAGUGACAUUUUCGGAUGAAAAAUUAUUAGAUAGAUGUCCAGCGUUUGUCAUGGAUUAUAUAUAUUAUGUCGAAUUGCCCGAUGAUGUUACUCCCGAAAGAUUGCUUGAGCUUGGAUCAAACUUUGAAUACAGCAAUUUUCAAGAGCGUAGAAUGGUAAGAUAUCUUGGCAACGACUUAACAAUUAGAUUAUGUUCAGGAAUUUUCCAUCGUGUCGAUACCAUUAAGAAAGCCGCAGCAAAUUACGAUUAUGACCCCUACCUUAUAAUGAAAUCAGAUCCUCUUAUUGAUGAGUUACCUCCGGUUACAUUAGAAGAGUAUGAAGCACUCAAAGAAAACGUAGCAACGACAGAAAUCAAGUUAAUUUUAAAAAAAGCGUCAUUACAAUUACAACUAGCAAAUCAUUAUGUUACAGGAGUAUCACGUCAGCAUAAAAUUAUUGAAACUAAAGUUAUUCCGCCAUCUCCUGCUUUUACGGAUGAUCCUUUUAUAAGCAUUGAAUGUGAUGAAGCAGUUGCCACUGUAAUUCAGCCUAUGUAUCCAUUUAGACUCGUGGCUUGUGCAUCAAAAUUAACAGAAUUGUCACCAGAAAUGUUUACUCAGUGCCAUGCGAUUACUGAUAUACAGGUGAUUGGAGUAAAAAGCCAACUCCAUUUAGCGAAAAUUUGCAAUACUUCAAUAAUAAUGCCUUAUUCAAUGAUAGCUUCUUCUAAGAUAUUGUUAUAUCCUCAAUAUUGGCGAAAUAUAGACAUGAUUCAAAAGUCGUACUCAUUUCAAUCAGAUAGCAUCACAGUCACAGGAACCAAAUCAAAGUUAAUGGCUGCAAUUUUUAUAGUGGCUUCUAUUUUUAACCCUGCGGAUACAACAAAUCCGCUUAUGUGUACUACUCUUUUUAAUGACGCCUGUCAGGAAAAGUGUCCAGUGUAUCUAGAGUUAUAUCUAGAGAAUAUAAAUUGCAAGAAUGUGUCAUCUUCAAUCACAAUAUCGAACAAAGUGAAUAUAGAUUCUAUAAAAAUAUUUGCUUUCAAUGAUUUUCAGCAAGCUUUUAUUCUUUCAGGUCCAGAAAAUUAUAAAGAAAGUGAUUCAGAAAGUAUACCACUUUUAUCUAUAGUGGUCCAAUUUCCUAAAAAUAUAGAGCUACUGACACAUCCACCACUUAUUUCAUUCAAAAUUGCAGAGAUCAGAGCUUCAUUAGAUCCACUUUUUUUUAAAUGGGUAGAAUAUUAUCCUACUUAUCAUAAAUUCGAAAACACGUAUGUACUACGUUCGGAUAGUCAACAGAUGAUUAUUGAAGGUACAUCUGAUACGGGUACACGGAAGAAAACAUUUCCAAGUUUACACGAAAGUGUACAUAGUUCAUCAGAUAAAGAGAAGAAACAGUCAGUCGUAACGGAAAAAUCAAAAACACUGCGAAACGAUGAGAUGCAAAAGAAAAGCGAAUCAAAAAUGGAAAAAGAAGAGAAAUCCGGAAUAUUACUCAGAUUGGCAGAGCUUUAUCCAUGGUGGUACAGUCUUGUGCUAAGUGGAUAUAUUGGACAUAUUGUGAUAUACAUAUCAUCCAAUACGAUGAGUGGUAUUGAUGCUGAUGGCAUAGAACAAGCUAAAAACAGAGCCUUAAUAGAAAAUCAAGAUCUGCAAAUAAUGAUCGUAAAAUUACCAAGUCUUCUCAUACACUCCUCCAAUCUGAAUGCUGACUUGCUUAAUCCGCAUUUACGGAACCUCCCUGUUAAAUUGCCAGAAUCUAUAUGGACCUAUCGAGUGCAAAGUUUUCCUUGGACAUUGAGUCUUAUUGACUUUCAUUGUUACACAUUACAACAACAGACGCAAAAACACUUUAUAAGGAAAGUUACAUUAAAUGCUACAGUAGCUCUUACCACCAAAACAGCUGCAACUCAAUCCAACAUACUCACUGCCUUAAGUGUUUGUGUACAUAUUGAUAAUUCUCCCAUCAUUAUUUCAGUCUCAGAAGAACAGGUUAUUUUUAUGAAUAAUAUAGCGUUAAAUAUUAUGAAAAUUUUGCGACCUCUGUACGACUCUUGGGAGAACAAAAUGAUUGUACCACAAAUAAGCAACGAAACGCAAGUUGUCCUUCCUGUUAUACCACAAACUCCGUCCACUCCGACCCAAAUAAUCUAUCCAGAAGACACAACUACCAACUCAACCAUAUCUACAACAAAAGAUGAUCUAGGAUAUGAGAAAGAUAGUUUGAUUUUAACAGCGUGGAUUCAAUGGACUAUAACGAAAGUAACAGUCAAAUUAUAUAUCAUGGGGCAAGCAGAUACAUCUUUAAAAUUAAUGUUGGAAUUAGAAGAUAUUAUAACAUCUUUGGAUUUGCAAUCUGUUUAUAUGCAACUAAAAAGUAAAAUAACAACUGCGACAAUAUUCCAUUAUAUUAGAGGCCCAUAUUCUUUGCAUUGGGAUAUCGGUGAAUAUGCCGGAUUAAUACUUUGUGGGAGAGAAGAUAACUUGGAGAAAGUUGAUGAUUCUGGUUUCAUGAGUUUUACACUUACCCGUGCGAAGUCUGGAAAUGUAUACACACGUUGGGGCACUCAUAGACGUCACAAGUUUCAAAAGAAAGAACUGCUGAUUGACUCUACAUUGUCUACAAACAGUUGCAUCUCCGAAAUACUGAUUAAAAUGCAGAUGAUCGACAUAAUCUUACCAUUUAGUGUAAUUAGCCAAUUCACUCAAUUGGUAAAACCUUUUACAUGCCUAAGUUCAUCUGUUGAGAAAAGUGCAGAAAUAACUCAUAGUGAAAAUAUGGCAAUGCCAUUAAUUGAUAUAACUAAUCUGAGUAAUGCAUCAUUACCAUUGAUACAUUUGGAGUUCAAAGGCUUUCGACUCAUGAUGCCAGCCUCAAUGGACAUAAACAAAUUACAACACGACUUACUAAUGCUCCAGUUGGACGGAAUUCGUAUCACACCCGAUGCGGAAAAUCCAAUCUGCAGAACUCCAUUACGAACUGAUAUAUAUCAGCUGGCUGCUCAAGCCAAUAUAUUGAAUGUUCCAGGUUCAGCUGUAGAAGAUCGUCAAUAUCAAAUUAACAUUAAAGGGAUAUGUGUGUACACUACCACAUGGAAGAAUUAUCAACUAAGUAUAAAUAAGAGAAUGUCUCAAUCAUAUUUGUAUACAAUGAAUGAGAAUCCUGCAUUGGAAUGGAAUAAACUGGGAAAUGGUAGCAGUUUGGAUCCGUAUUUUUCUACAUCUCCUGUGUUAACAAAAUUUGAUCUCUGCUUGAUUAUUGCGCCAGUUGUGAUGUUUAAAAGCACUAUAGUAUGUGGAAGUGCCAUAGAAGUGAAUUGCAUCACAGACAUAGAAUUGACAAUAAAUUUAGAUCAAAUCAAAUUGAUGUCAAUGCUUAAUAAUGAAUUUAAAACUUUAUUAUGCGGAAGUUUCGAGAAUAUGGAAGGUGGAAAUAUUUCUAAUAAUCAAGCUCAAAGAUUUUCUUCGGGAUUUCAAAAUACAAAAUCUAUUGGUUGGUCGAAACAAACAUCAAAUGAUUCAGAUCCUGAUUUCGCAAAAGAUAGUGGCGUCGACUUUGAAAUGUCCAGUAUGCAUUCGACGAUAAUUGGAAAAUCUACAGGUGCUGAAACUAUGAUGUUUCUACCUUUUGAAUUUUUAGUGAAUUGUGGGAAAAUAACAUUUAUUCUUUAUGAAGUUCAGAAUAUAUUAUCUGAUUUAGAGGAUGAUGUAGAUAUACAAAAAAUUGAUAACGAAAAUGAUAACGAUAAUAUGAAACAGCCGUUACUUUAUCUAAUGAUCAAUCAGCCAAAUAUUUACUUUUCUCAACAAUAUUUAUCUAAAAAAAUACAGGUAUCUUGUUUCGAUAUAACGAUAAUGCUUGGUGACACACAAAAUCUGAAUACGGUACCGACUGAACAAAAUUUCAAAGUUUACAUGAUAGAAACGAAGCAUGGUGAUCCACAUCCAGAUACAGGUAUCCCACCUUCUUUCGCGACAAUAAAAUCUGAAACGAUUUUAGGCAAAAAUCAACAAUUUUUCAUUGAAAUGGGGCGGCCGACUAAAGUACACCUUUCUUUGUCUCGUCUUAGUCAACUUUACAAUAUACAAAACAAGGUACUAUCAUGUUUUAUUGGUAAUUAUAUUAUGCAAGUGCCUGCAUAUAGAAAAGAGACUGUGUACAUGGAUUCUCCAAAUGUGACGAUACCGACGAAGUCGAGGAAAUUUAAUGUACCUGAUUUACAUUUAAGUACAAAACAGAUUGUGCUAUCCUUAAAGACUGACUCUGGAGCGGAAAUUAUUGGCAGUUUGGCGUCGUUGAACGGAAGUAUCUCGACACUCUCAAGACCGGAUAGGAUAUACUCGAAUCUCUCUGUAGAUUCUUUUAUUAUAUCGGCGAUUUUUAAUGGCAACAUGAAAGUGCUGUUGAAUCCGUGGUGUUGCAACGUAACGACUUGCUUACUUUGGGAAUCUUCAUAUAAUACUGAAAUCAUUCCGCAAAUACAAAUACAGGCUGAUAGUGAAAACUUAUACCUUGACUUCGGACCAGAUCAAAUAAAAAUUAUAAAAAUGGUUAUGCAAGAUUGCCAAUUGUUUUUACGUGAAUUUGCUUCAUUUCCUGAAAAUAAAAAUAAGAAUGAGAAACAAAUUGUAUUGUCGACUGAACAACAUUAUAAAGAUGAUCUCAAAGCUGGUGCAUUCCAGUUUGUCGACGGCACUGCGGAUGAAUUACCUUUCCCAUAUCAAGUGGUGUUUUUUACCCAUCCUCUGCAAGCGAUGGCUUGGAGAUAUCCACAACCGCGAACGUUAACGAGAAUACACAUAUCUCCUGUGCCGUUUGAAACUGCAAAUGCCGAAGGCAAUUAUAUUGACAAGAUUUCUUGCGUUGUUGAAUACUGGAGUGACAGUCAUAUAUCAUAUCAGCGUUACGCUGAUUUCUACUUGUCGGAGACAGAUUCUUACCGGUUAGAUUUACCGGAGAAAGCACCAGCACGAGCAGUCGCUUGCGUAUGGCGUGUGGUUAUUUUGUCCAAUAGUAAAUCUACGUCGAAGAAAAGCAUCGUAUCUGCUCGCGCCCUUGCGGCCUGCUUGCGUAUUGAUUCUUACUUCAAUUCCUUGAUAGUACCAAACGUACAAAUUGCCUUGAACAUUGGCAUGCUUCGCGUGUCUCUAUACAAUCAUAUCGAUACCACUAUAUAUAACAGUUUGCCGCCGCCGUUGGACAGGUAUAUGUUAAAUGGGAAAAUUCCCGAAAUACAAUGCUUCAUGUCUGUGGAACAGAAAGGGGCCGUUUUGAUACUUAACAAAUGGAUAGACGAUUCUAUGCUGUUCGAUGUCAGCGGUACUCUGAGCGUACAUGUGUUGGAUUAUAGUCAUUUGUCCAUGCAAGAAGUGUUGGACUCUCUAGAGGGAAGAUUUCAGUUGUGCUUGUCAGACAAAGUGGAUGCAUCUUUUACGUGCAAUCCGUUUACGCUGAAAUUGGGCCCGGCGAUUACUCAUACUUUCGCGGUCUCUAGUCACCUAUGGCUGGCAUCCUUUGAUGAGGAGAAGAGAGAUAUAAUCGUCUUGACGCGUUAUGUAAUUGCUAAUGAUAGCAAUAUACCGAUUCGUUUUGGACAGAGCGGCACAGGAGACAGCAUACUACUCGAGAGUAAGCAGUGUAAUUUUUAUUCAUGGCGGCAGAUCAGCAAUCAGAUGAUACGGAUAUCAAUCGAGGAGAAUGCCUGGAUAUGGAGUCGGCCUUUUUCCGUUAAUAAGGAUGGAGUCCAAGUGGUGGAAUUUAACAAUUCGACAAUUAGCACAGCAAUUUUCGUGAAUGUUACGUCACUUUCCGCCACACAAAAAUUCGUAACGUUCUCGGGGCAAUUCAUGAUCUCCAAUCAGUUGAUUGACAAUUUCGAGAUGAAGUUGGUCAAGUACGAAGCGGAAAUUGGCUCCAAAGUGACAGUCUCCAAGGAAGUAUAUCUUAUACCAGGCAAGACUUCCCCAACGUCUAUUAUGCUCGAGAAUAACAGAAAGAUGGCUAUGCGGUUACGUUUCACGAAUUUGACGCAUUUAUCUUGGAGCGGGGAUAUUCCUUUGCAACCCAACAUCAAAUGGGGCCAACCUUGGCUUGUGAAGGUGCCACUCCAAGAGCGCGGUCAGUUUCUAAGUAUCUGGGUACGAAUAGUGACACAGAUAAUACAAGAUAAGCCGAAGAUUCUCGCUGUGCUGAGCCCCCUCUAUAUGAUUAGAUCGCAUUUGCCAGUACCGGUUAAAGUGCAGAUUGAAACACCUUCUUUGAAAAUGUCGUCAAGCACAAUGGUGAGUGGUCGCGGCGAGUGUCAACAGUUGUACUGCCCUGGCACAUUCGAACAUUUCCAUCAGCUGACAUUCCAAUUAGAGUCCGGUGUUUCCGCAUCGAAUCCUUACGUACCUCUUUCGUACAGUUCCGUGGACCAACGGAAGUUCUUUCGAAGACCUGAGGUUGAAGAUAUCGAUAAGAUUCUGCAAGAACUUAAAGACCAGAAGGAUGAGCUGCAGUGGCCGUUCCAAAGGGAUGACACAGAGAAAUGGAUAUCUGCAGAGCAGCCACAGACACAUGUGCAAGUAAAGUACCAAGAUGCGGGACUGGUGUCUAGCACAUUGUUGCUAGAGUUGCAACCUUGGUGCUUCGUGAUGAACUCACUGGGUUGCCACAUUUCGUUAGUAUCGGAGGACACAGAGCUCUGUCAGAUUCCACAUUACGGCAUAGUCACACCGCCUAAAUUGGAGGGCACAUUUUAUUUGGGUGUCGGAAUCGGAGACACGUACUACACGUCCCAAGCGUUGCAGUUGACACGACCCGACUGGAGUCAAAGCUUCUAUAUGCCUCGAAUUGGUGGUCUUAUACCGGUCGAGGGUAACAUCAAGACAACCGUCGAUUGUGGUACAAGUGUGUCUCUCUUGAGCAUUAGCUCUUCCAUGUACGAAGACAUGCGUCUGAUACGCGUUAUGAACAGCCAUGUAAUCGCUAAUCUAACGACCCAGGAACUGUGUGUGGCGACACUCGCAGUAUACGAGGAAGCGAGCGAUUUGCAGCUGCCCUAUGACCUCACUCCUUAUAGCCUGAACAUUUUACCAUCGGAAGAUCAGAAGCAAGGUAUCCCGAUCGUGCAAUGGUACACAUUAUACACAAAGAGUAACGUCGAGCCGCUCGUAUUAUAUGUAUCCUUGAGCCUCGGUCAUAGAUGGUCUUGCCCGAUCAGAAUGGAUCAAGCUAUGAGCCGCAGGUCCGUCACAAUCCCGAACGGCAAUGCUUCCGUGCCAGUGAUUGUAACGACGCAAGAGGAUAAAGGCACUACGUUUAUCGUGGUACACAUCGAUGAUCAUCCUCAACUGUUGAUUGAAAACGCAUGCUGCUUCAAAAUUUUGCUAGGCCAAGCCGACGAGAGUAACAAUAAAAUUCUUCCGGACAGUGCUCACUUCGCGUGGAUAUGUGAAGUCGAUAGUGAAGCAUCAUCUUAUUACUCGCUUCCCUGCGUUAGUAAUCGACUGCCUGAUACCACUGUCUUUAACGCAUCGAACAUAUUGCUGUUUUGCACAGUAGAGCCGCCAUACGAUCAGCCAACUACCAAAAUGAACUUGAAGUGGUCCAGAGGUAUAAAUCUGUCCACGUUGUCGUCCAUACCAAUAGAUCAGUAUCUGCGAUUGCCAUCAUAUGGCGAUGUAAAGCUUAUAAUGCAGAAUCGUUGCUACACGAUUCAUAUCAGUAUCGUGCCUAUUUCCCAAGUAGAGGUAUCUGCUCAGGACAUCAGAAGCAGGUUACUAUGCAAAAAGAAUAUAGCGAAAGACUGUGAUGAAGCGACACCUGGCGGUCCUUUGUUGAAGAAAGCAGAAGACAAAACUUUUCCAUAUAUACAAAGCUUGAGCAGCUCGACGUCGAUAACGAGCUUUUUUUCGGCGCAUGAAGACGUCUCGCCUGUCGAAUCUGCUUUUGCUUCAUUGUCGACUUCGAAGCAACUAAUCUCGAAAAUAAUAGAUGAGAAAGCUGUUACCGAAAACAAUCAAAUGAGGUCGUUUAAUGGUACCAAUCUAAUUAAUCCCAGAGAAGGCUCUGUUACGGUCUAUCUGCGUGCUUGUACUAUCGUUAUUCUUCAUGAUGUCAAUGAAAAUGCGCAAAGAAUCGAAGUCGCGAGUUUGUCUAUGACUGACCUAGUCGUUGCCGUGAACUCGAGGGCCAAGUUUAUUAAUCUGUGUUGUUACAUAGGCGACUUACAGUUGGACAAUCAACUAUUUGAUCAAGGUGGCUUCGAUUUUCCUGUAGUAUUAAUAAGUCAAAGCCCAUUGCCGAACAGGGAGAUGAUAUACAGUAACAAUUGUCUAAUGACGAAUAUGGAACAGAUUAAACGAAAUUCUUUGAUAACUAUCGAGCAUGUCUGGGAGGUACACGGAAACAUGAUAACAUCCAAGGAAUACCGCAUGAAAAUCGCGCCUAUUAGCGCAUAUAUCGAAGAUACGUACAUAACACAAUUGUUAAAUUAUACAACAUCAAUGAUACCACCGCGUUUGAUACUGAGAGAGGACUCUAAGAGAAUGCAAACAAUAGCUAUGUCGAAUGCGGCGUUCAUACCGGACUAUAUUAUGAUCGAUUCAAAAAUUUUAAGCAGACCAUUGCGAUUGCAAAACUUCGUAAUAGAACCGUUGUCCAUCUUAUUAAGUGUUCACACGUCAGUGCGACUAUACGUCGCCUUGGAUCAUUCUCCGUUGUACUUCGGUACCUUCGAGAGGAAAAAUUUACUCACUACCCCUUAUAGACUUGGCAAUGCACUUACGAUGCAUUAUUUAUCUGGAGCUAUAUUUGGAGCAGGCUGGGUAGUUGGAUCGUUGGAGAUACUUGGGUCACCAGGAGGUUUGGCGCAAGCUCUUGGGUCUGGCCUUAGAGACUUUGUAUCGUUUCCAUUCCAAGGACUGUUACAAGGUCCAUGGGGCUUUAUCGUUGGUAUCACACAUGGUUCAGCCAGUUUGAUGAAACAUGUGACAGCAGGCACGGUAAAUUCCGUAACAAAACUGGCGUCCAGUGUCGCACGAAAUUUGGAUCGCUUAACGUUGGAUGAGGAGCAUCUACAACGACAAGAGGAGUCACGCAGAAUGCGUCCUCAAGGCAUGGCACAGGGAUUUUAUCAAGGCUUGACUAGUCUUGGAAUGAAUUUACUUGCGGCUGUUGCUGGCUUAGCACAUCAUCCUCUACAGCAAGUAUGGUCAGGUGAAGCGACGACUAAGAGUCUAGUAACCGGAGUCGGCCUUGGUCUGGUCGGCGUCGUGACGAAACCACUGAGCGGAGCUGCAGAACUAGUCGCUCUCACAGGUCAAGGACUCUUACAAGGUGCUGGAUGGAACUCGUUGCCGACGCCACGUCAAAGACCAAUAGUACAAUACACCUCCGGCAAUAAUAGUACAUCCGUGCGGUACACAUGGCGCUUAUCAUCUCUUCUUGAACACAGUCACGAUAGUAUUCUUCAUGUGACUAGCGCAGAUCACGUAAUUCAUCAAGGCAGCAAUCGCGCAGUAACACUCGUUUUUACGCGACAAGCUUUACUACUUGUUAAUAUGGCGGAAGAUAGCGUGGAAAGAAUAUUUUCAUUGAAGGAACUGACGAGCAUCGAUCAUAUCACGGAGUCAACGAUGUUGUGCUUGUAUUGUCCACCAGCUGCGACGCAAUCCAAUAGAUCGUUAUCACCAGCUGAAUACGAGAUGGACCAAGAAAUGAGAGCACGAGUUGCAGAGUAUGUUCGGACAAGUAGUACUGGUUUGGCCAGCAUGUCAACUAAUAGUGACAUACAAUCUGACACUUUCGAAAGAGCAUCUCCUUAUGCAGAACAUACACUUACGUUUUACGUUUGUUCGGACACCCGUAACUACUUGUUGUCAUUAUUCAACAUCGCUAAACGGCAAAAUCAGGGCUUUGGUUUCGUUGUUUUGUAAUAGAGUAAAUUUCUAAUUAAUUAUAAUGGAUAAAACGAUUAUUCCACAUAAUUCAAUUUAUCAAAUAAAGUAUGUUCAAUUUCCCCCGUGUACGUAUCUCUUGAUACACUUAAACAUAUUUAUCAGUAUUUUUGAGAAUUUUAUGUAUUUUAGAGCUUAUAAAAUGUGAGAACUGUGGGAACAAUAAUACUUUGUGAAUUAAAGAAAUUUUGUAAAUGUAUAAGUAAAUCCAAAUAAUCAAGA